AACUCCUCUGCAAUUUGUAACCCGGAAUUUUUACUGACUUUGAAUAAGGGAAAUGGUGUGUGUGUGUGUGUGUGUGUGUGUGUGUGUGUGUUGAUGCAGUGAGUCCAGAAUUUUAAACCAGCUUGAUGUCUGCAGAUCUCCUCCACAAGACAUAAGACUGUGAAUCCUUCAUCCUGUGCAAACUUGCAUUGUUGGACGGUCAUGAUCAACUCGUCACAGGUUUCAUAUUUCACUUUUGGUGCCUACUUUGAACUCGGGCUUCUGAAAUACUUUGUUUUCGUGAUCAUAAUGUCUCUAUACAUGUUGAUUCUUUGCUCCAACCUCCUGCUGAUUGUUGUUAUCUGUGUGAACAGAAGCUUACAUGAACCUAUGUACAUGUUUCUGUGCAGCCUGUUUGUAAAUGAACUGUAUGGUAGUACAGGGUUGUUUCCAUUGCUGCUGCUUCAGAUCCUCUCUGACAUUCACACUGUCUCUGCUUCAUUCUGUUACCUGCAGAUUUUCUGUCUGUACACAUAUGCAAAUGUACAAUUUUAUAACUUAGCCGUCAUGUCUUAUGACAGAUAUCUGGCCAUCUGUUGUCCUCUGCAGUAUAACACACGGAUGACGGCUAAUAAGAUCACCUUUCUUAUUGCUGUAACGUGGUUAUUCCCUCUUCUUGCUAUUGUUGUCAUGAUUUCCCUAAACUCCUCCUUACAGCUGUGUGGCAACUUAAUUGACAGACUGUUCUGUGACAACUACUCUGUUGUGAAACUGACCUGCUCUGACACGACCGUCAAUAACAUCUAUGGACUCAUUUACACUUUCACGAUAUUAGCUGGUCUUGCAACAGUGAUAUUUUACACGUACAUAAAGAUUCUUAAAGUUUGUUUUUCUGGUUCUAAACAGACGAGACAGAAAGCCUCCAGCACCUGCACACCUCACCUUUUUUCUCUGCUCAACUUCUCCUUUGGUUGUUUUUUUGAAGUGGUGCAGAGCAGGUUUGAUAUGAGCCAUACACCAAUUAUAGUACGUAUUUUUUUAUCUUUGUAUUUUCUCACUUGCCAGCCGCUCUUCAACCCUUUAAUGUAUGGACUGAAUCUGACCAAAAUCCGCAUCGUAUGUAAAAGUCUUGUCUUUGGUAAAAUGUAAAAUACUCAUGUUGAAAGCCGUGUAGUUUAUUCCCUCAGCUACGAUGACAUGAAAACAAUGUGGAAAGACUGAUGCUCUGACAAAAGCCUGUGUUUGUA